GCUCUCCUCUCUUCCUCUUCGGGUGUUUCCGGACGCGGCGUUAAAUCCCCGCCCCGCUUCAUUCCUGCGUUGUUUGGGGGACAGUAGGAAGAUGGCGGCGGCCCCGCUGUACUGUGUCUGCCGGCAGCCCUACGAUGUGAGCCGGUUUAUGAUCGAGUGCGACAUCUGUAAGGACUGGUUUCACGGCAGCUGUGUGCAGGUAGAAGAGCAUCAUGCUGUGGAUAUUGAUGUCUACCACUGUCCCAACUGUGAUGUCGUACAAGGACCCUCCCUGAUGAAAAAGCGCAACAACUGGCACAGGCACGACUACACGGAGCCAGACGAUGGAUCAAAGCCAGUGCAGGCUGGCACACCAGUAUUUAUCAAGGAGCUCCAGAACAGGACCUUCGCCAGUGGUGAAGAGAUCCUCAUGCGGAUGAAGGGUGAGCAGGUGACACCCAAGUAUCUGGAGAGACACGGCUUCAACUACCCCAUAGUGAUCACAGAGAUGGAGGGCCUGGGACUCAAACUACCACCUCCUACUUUCUCCGUCAAAGACGUGGAGCAGUAUGUGGGUGGCAACAAAGUCAUCGACGUGAUAGAUGUGGCGCGGCAGGCGGACAGCAAGAUGAAGCUCAGCGAGUUUAUCAAGUAUUUCACCAAACCACAUCGACCCAAGGUCCUCAACCUCAUCAGCCUGGAGUUCUCCGACACCAAGAUGUCAGAGUUGGUGGAGGUUCCUGACGUGGCUCAGAAGAUGUCCUGGGUAGAGAACUACUGGCCCGACGACUCCUUCUUCCCCAAGCCCUUUGUCCAGAAGUAUUGCCUAAUGGGAGUCAAGGACAGCUACACAGAUUUCCACAUAGACUUUGGAGGCACCUCGGUCUGGUACCAUGUUCUCUGGGGGGAGAAGAUCUUCUACUUGAUCAAGCCCACUCCCGCCAACCUUGCACUAUACGAGGCAUGGAGCUCCUCGCCCAAUCAGAGUGAAGUGUUCUUCGGGGACAAAGUGGAUAAGUGUUACAAGUGUGUCGUGCCCCAAGGAACCACCCUGCUCGUCCCUACAGGCUGGAUCCAUGCUGUUCUCACCUCUCAGGAUUGCAUGGCGUUUGGAGGGAACUUCCUUCACAACCUCAAUAUUGGCAUGCAGCUCAGGUGUUAUGAAAUGGAGCGUCGUCUGAAAACCCCAGACCUCUUCAAGUUUCCGUAUUUUGAGGCCAUCUGUUGGUAUGUGGCCAAGAACCUCUUGGAAACACUAAAAGAGCUACGAGAGGACAACUGUCCUCCACCGACCUACCUAGUGCAGGGAGUGAAGGCUUUAAUCAGUGCACUGAGGACGUGGCUGAAACGAGAGGUGACUGAGCCCAGCAGUGAGGUACCAGACCAUAUCAGGCCUAACCAUCUCAUUAAAGAGCUGACUAAGGAAAUCCGCUACCUGGAGGAGGAACCAGUCGGUGGUAGCAAGCCAGUGAAAUCGCAGGGAAGUGGAUGUGGACUACCGUCUGGAUCAAACGGCUGCCCGGCCACCCGCUCCACGCUGGAGAGGCUGUGUCAGGCCCGGCGGGCGAGAAGGGCGGCGAGGCGGCUGAGGGAGCAGCAGCGGCACGCCCCCAAAGUGCCCUCCAACCUGGACAUCUUAGAGCGGCACACCAGGGAGGUGCUGAGGAGGCUGGAGGUGGGACCGCUGGAGGAGGAUGCGGCGUUCUGCGCGAAGGUUCACGGGAAGCUCAACAAAGUGUCGACGGCGUCGGCUGCUGCUGAAUCUCUAGACGACAACCACCUACGGCUAAUGCUGGUCAACGGCAGGAUUAUCAGCAGAGACAUGAGGCGGCCAGGCGGCAGCCCGGUGAAGACGGAGGGUGAACGGUCACCUGUUCAAGACCCACCAAAGAGUUACGUGGACGUGAAGUCGGAGAGGACACACGACAGUGAAGAGCAGCACAGCGCAGUGGAGACACCUGCAUUCUUCAGAGGUCUGGAGAGGGUGAAGACUGAACUCAGGGAAGAAGUCUCAGGACACUCCAGUGUGUCAGACACGGAGUCAGACAGUGACUCUCCCACAGAGCAUAAAGCGUCUUCGUCGUCCUCGUCUGACGAGGAUUCAGAGAGUUCCCAGGAGGAUGAGGAGGAGGAGGACAAAGAGGAGGAGAGGGGCUCGUCUAAGCAGCAGAAAGGCUCAGGGCACACCAUAGAGCUGGACCACUCUGGCCAGAAACUCAGGCACAAACACAAACCACUCAAACGAGAACGUCCUACCUCACCCAGCACAGAAGAGGCCAUUCAGGGGAUGCUGUCUAUGGCUGGUCUGCUGUGCUCCUCCAAGCCGGAGAAGGUAGCCUCAUCCCAGGAGCCCUGGUGGUCCGGCUCGGGCCAGUGCUCGCCGCUGGAGCAGAGGGAGGAGGCGCAGCACCAGCACCGACUGCAGGGGGACUCGAGCCCGAUGGACAGCCAGGGCAACAGCAGCGAGGCCUGGGACAAUCAGGGGCUCCCCAGCCCUCUCAGGCGGAACCACGGCAGCAGCCCAGAGACAGAAUACCAGUACUGUGACCCCUCAAUGUCUCCGCCGCUGCACCCCUCCAAGAGACACGCCCCAAACCCCCCGCCUAUCAGCAAUCAGGCCACGAAAGGCAAGCGGCCCAAAAAAGGAAUGGCCACAGCGAAGCAGAGACUGGGGAAGAUCCUGAAACUCAACAGACACAGUCGGGUCUUUGUGUAACACUCCAAACAAACAAACAAAAGAUUCACGCGGAUGUAAAAGAAGAAGAAACGUGUGUGUAUUUGUUAUCGGACACUUUUUGUGCUGUAGAACUGGGAGGAAAAAAACAAAAACAUUAAAAAAAACAAAAACAAAAAAAAGACACACACACACUGCCUGGAGACGACCGUAACUGAACGAACCUUGACACGUGAAUUAAAAUAAAAUAAAAAAAGAAAACACGCUCACUGUGCAUGCUUAGGAGACAGGGUAUUUGAUUUGAUAAGCAAGUGCACGACUUCACUACAAGCACAUUCAAGAACAAAACAGAAAAAAAAGGAGCGAUGCCGAGCAUGUUAUGAAAAGUUGUGCUGCAGGGAAAAGGUGGACUGAAGCUCCUGCGGGCAUUCGAAUGGACAACGGAGACGUAGGAGGUCUACCAAACAAACAAACAAACAAACAAACAAACAACGGAAAUGCUCGCUUUGCCGGGGGAGCAGCAAGAUAUCUACUGCUUCGGAUGCCAAGAUCAUCUGCAUCACAUUUACUAAUAUUUCCUCUCUGCUGAACGCAGCCUCGCCUCCCUCCCUCCCUCCACACAACCUUUUAUUUGCUUCAUGGACGAACUGAGCAGGACGGGAGGAGCAGAUGAAACAAAGCUGUAUCUCCAGCAGGGUCUAUUUUUUUUUAUUUUAUUUUCUUCUCUUCCCCUCUGGCCCUGGAGGGAGGAAAACGAGGUGCUAAAAAGGAGAACUGAUAUUUCGAAAUGGUGCUUUAUUGUUUGUAUUUUUCUCCACUCAUGCUUGUCCCUUCCUCCCCGACUUCCCCCCCCUUUUAUCUCAAUCACACCAGCAAUAAUGACUUUGAGGAGAGGACGGAGCGAGAGGCAGCACUCUGACGCAUUUUAUUGACUGACUCCAGAUCAGUCCUGGUCUUCAGACCGGACUCGUCUUGGAAUCAGACGUGUUUUUACUCCGACAAAGAGGACUCUGGGUUGAGUAUUAGCUACCUAAGUAGGCGAUAUACCAGUGUUGUAGUACUCAAGAUUGGUCUUGGUCUCUACCAGUCUCAAGACGACUUUUUGAAGGUCUCAUCUCGGAAUUUUUUUCUCGGUCUGCCUUGGUCUUGGUCUUGAUCUCAGUUGAGGUGGACUUGACCUUCACUCAGUCUUGACUACAGACUGCUAUAAACUGUCUGGUCUUGACUUUGCUCCAAGUCUUGGACAUCUCUCGUUCUCGAUGUCCUCUGGUCUCGGUCUUGACUUGGUCUGGUACGUUACAGACUGCACAAAUCAACCUGCACUCAGCUGUUUUUGAUAGUUCGACUCCGUGUUUCGUCGUCUGCUCAAAGUGCUGCCUCUCUGGAUUUGUUUGAAAAUAGGAAUUACGAGUCAUUCGCUCUUUAAAAGAAAAAAAAAAGAAGAAAAAGACGAAUGACUGCUUAAUUUAUUUCUCGUUUUUAUCUGUGAUGUUGAUUUUCUUUUUUUAUGUGUUAUUUUUAUGAAUUCUGAAUGAUGUAUUUAUUAAUUGAAAGAGAUGAUUUUAUUAUAUUUGAACCCCUCGGCUAUUCUGAGGUGUUUUUUUUUUCUUUUAUGGGGGUUUUCUUCUUUUCUUUGAUUUUUAACAUACUUUUUUGUAAAUGUGGAUGUUUUUAGAGUUUGUGUGAUCAUCAUCUGUUGAGUAGCAAUUCACCCACAACUCUUUUACUACCUUCAACUCUUCCCCACGCCUUUCUCCUCCUCCUCAUUACCCAGUUUGAAUAGAUCCUGUGUUGACUCGUCUGUUCUGGUUUCCUCUUCUCCCUGUAGCCAGAGGUGUUGGGCUAUGUGCGAAUAGAAACUAGGUUAGGUUUUUUUUUUUCUAAAAAAAGAAAACUACUUCCAUAUUUACACCUGAGCUUUUUCAACUAGUGCCACUUCUCAUUUAGCAAAAAAAAAAAAAGUAUUCUGAGCCACUGUGGUCGAUCCAAAGUAGUCGAUGCAUUCAGAAGAAGAAGAACGUUUGAGGAACUUCAACGAGUGACUGAGGUUUUAUCCUUUUUUAUUAAAAAAAAAAAAA